AUGUCUGCGAAGCGCCCUCGCGCUCUCACAGAUGGGGUUGAUCCUAGCGGCUCAGGUAGCAAUAGUCGCGGCAAACGAGCCCGACAAUCUGAAUCCCAAGACAGCGACCAGUCAGAUGACGAACGAUCCGACGCGGCAAGCGGCAGCGAGUCACCCGAUGAUGAAGGCGAACAGACUCGCGAACAUGAGAUAUGGGCAACACAGCAGGUGCAGAGAGAACGCCAGGCGACUGCAAAACGGCAAAACGAACCAACUGACUCUGGCAUCAUCGAGGAAGUUCAGUGUAUCAACUUUAUGUGUCACGAACAUCUAACGGUGACCUUGGGACCUUUGAUCAACUUCAUCAUCGGACACAACGGUAGCGGCAAGAGCGCAGUGCUCACAGCAAUUCAGAUUUGCCUGGGUGGAAAGGCGACAGCCACAAACCGAGCCCAGAACCUCAAGAGCCUCAUCAAGGAGGGCAAAGAGCACUCCUCUGUGUCUGUCAAGAUUAAGAACCAAGGGCCACUCGCUUACAAACCUGCGCAGUACGGUGACUCGAUCAUCGUCGAACGACACUUCAGUAAAUCCGGCACUUCGGGGUUCAAGCUCAAAAACGUAAAUAACAAACUUGUUACGAACAAAAAGGCUGAGCUUGAAGACAUCCUGGACGCGUUCUCUAUGCAAAUUGACAACCCAAUGAACGUGCUAACGCAGGACAUGGCAAGACAGUUUCUGAACCACUCGACAUCGAAAGACAAAUACAAGUUCUUCCUGCAAGGCACGCAGCUCGAGAAUCUUAAUAGAGACUAUCAGCAGAUCGAACAGUCUCUGGAAGUGAUGAAUGCAAGAGCAGAGGUCAAGGAAGCUGACCUUAGGGUCCUGAGAAACGAGAUGGAAGUGCUGGCGAGAAAAGCUAAACGCGCGGCAAGUCUGCAGACCAUGCGAGAUAAGGAAGCGGAGCUCGCCAAUCAAGCAGCGUGGGCGGCUGUCCGGGAGCAGGAACAAGAGGUGGAAAACAGUUUAAAGGAAAUCACGAAAUGCGAUGAAGUCAUACAAGGGCUACAAGGGGACGCAGAGAAGGCAGCAGAGCGUUACGAACAAGCAGAUCAAGCCUGUGAAGCUGCGAAGCAAUCUGUCACUGAUAUUACAGCUGAUUUAGAGCCUGCGGAGCAAUCGUUACUUGAGGCCAGAGGGAAAUUUCAAGACAUCAGAACGAAACUCCAGCAACUACAGCCUGAUGAACGGAAUGUUCAUAGCGAGUUGAAAGCAAAGAAGAAGAAAGUGCAAGAUAUCAAAGCAGAGAUCGAGCAAUACCGACGACGACAGGCUGAAGCGGACAAUGGUCGUCAUGCCGAGAAGGCUCGGGAGUGUGAAGAAGCCAAAGUACAACGCGACAAUGCCAGGGCUGCGUUCGAAGCCCAUGAUACAGGCCUUUCAGCUCUGCAGGAGAAGCUCAAGGACGCCCAGAAGGAGCAGCACGAAGCGGAUCGUGAGACGGAAGAGGCGCGGGCCGGCGUCACACGCAUCAUGAAUACUAUCAGAUCACUGCAAGGAGGCCAGAGCAACUGGAUCGAAGCGUAUCCAAAUCACAGAAAGCUGAAUGAGUUACUCAAUGCGAUCAAGUCUGAGCGCAGGUUCAGAGAACCACCAGUCGGGCCUCUCGGUCGUCACGUCAAGUUGGUGAAGUCUCAGUGGGGCCGGAUCUUGGAAAAGCAGUUCGGUCAAGCCUUGAAUGGGUUUGUUGUCACAAGCAGGCAAGAUCAGAAUACACUGUCUGUUCUGAUGAACAGGAUUGGCUGGUCUGCUCCAAUAUACAUUGGCAAAAAGGCGCACAUAGAUACCACUGGGAGUGAGCCUCCGGAUGAACUUGUGACAUGGAUGAGAGCUCUUACGAUCGAAGAAGACCUUGUUCGAAAUCAGUUUAUUAUCAAUCAGUCGAUCGAGCAGACAGUGCUCAUCGAGGACAUGAAGGAAGGUGCCCAUUUCAUGGAUGCCCGUGGAAAAUCGACCGAACAUGUUAAGAUGUGCUUCACUUUUGCAGAUGGCGACACUCGAAAAGGUCGCGUCAUCAGCUACACCAACAACGGAGGUAUCAACAACAGCCCGAUCGCGGAAUACUCCGGACCUCUGCGUAUGCAGGUAGAUGAGCCUACACAGAUCAAGACAGAGGAGAGAAAUCUCGCUCAGGCUCAAAAACAACUUGAGGCUUGUGAGAAGAUCUCUAGUCAACGGCUUGAUCAGGUCAAUACAUGCAAGUCUCGGAUACGAGACCACGAACGCCAGAAGAAAGACCUUCAAAUUGCUUUCCAACGUGCCAACAAAGAAGUGGACCGACUUGAGAACGAAUUGGACGAAGCAACUCCUGAUGCAGCAGCUAUUCAGGUGCGCGAGGCAGACCUUGCAAAGGCCCAAGAAGAAUUGGUGAUAAGUGAGGGAACAUUUGAAGAUUUGAAAAUCUCAAAAUACCAGCUUGAUGAUGAGAACAAGGCGAAUAAACGGGAGAUGGAUGAAGCGCAAAAGGUUGUCGCUGACUACCAGUUCCGCCUCGAGAAGGCGCAAUCGACGGUUCGAAAAAUGCAGGGCACGCGAGAAGAACAGCUCAAGCUCAAGAAUGCCGCAAUCGACCAGGUUGCCAAAGCUGAAGACAUCAAGAAGCAGUGGCAAGCAGAGCUAGCCGAUCAACAGGCCCUGCUGGUAGAAGUGAUUGAUGGUGCGAAGACCAUCUGUGAAGAGCGUGUUUUUGUCCCCCCUGACAAGACAUCUGACAAGCUCCAAGAGGCGAUGGCCAGGAUGGAGAAAACAAGAAAGGAGACAGAAAGGGAGCUCGGUGGAUCGCAGCUGGAUCUUACUCGGGCGGCAAGUGAAGCGAAGCAGAAGCACCACGAUGCAAUACAGGAGUAUGAGGACAUCGACAACUUGUGUCGUCAACUCAUGAAGACCCUGGAUAACCGACGUCUUCGGUGGAAGCAAUUUCGAAAUGGCAUUUCUGUCCGGGCGCGGGUCACCUUCAACUAUCUGCUGAGCGAACGCAAAUUCAGAGGGACGCUUCGUAUCGACCACGAAAAGGCUCUUCUUGAUAUUCACGUUCAACCAGAUAUCACAGAGCGAAGCGGAGAUGGUAGAGAAACCAAGACGCUCUCUGGAGGAGAGAAAUCCUACUCUACCGUGUGUCUGCUCCUCUCACUAUGGGAUGCAAUGGGCUCACCCAUUCGUUGUCUCGACGAAUUUGACGUCUUCAUGGACAAUGUCAACCGUGAGAGAAGUUUACACAUGAUCAUCGAAGCUGCUCGCCGCUCAAUCGGUCGACAGUUCAUCUUCAUCACCCCACAGUCGAUGAGCAGCGUCACCCAAACCUCGGACGUCAAGAUCAUCAAGAUGUCGGACCCAGAGCGUGGGCAGACAGCACUGAACAUGGGACGAAGUUGA